UCGCACGGGCUGGAGUUGCGCACGGUGCUAGCGGCGAUGGAAGCGCUAUCAGCAGAGAAGUGGUCGCUGUGUUUGGACAACGAGGGGCGAGUCUUGGAUCAGUACAACGUACGGAAAAUAGUUUUUCACAAGGGAAUAUGUGAAGAUAUACGACAUGAAGUUUGGCCAUUUUUGCUGGGGUAUUACCCGUUCAAUUCGACCAGCGAAGAAAGAAAGAGAAUCGAUGACGAGAAAGGUAUA